AUGAACAUCACAAUCACCGUCCCCGCGGGAACCGUCAACCACGGUGACCCCCGCCUCCUCUGCACUCCCCCAAUCUGGAGCGAUUUCAUCAUCUUCUAUGCAACGAACUACUUUGUCCACGCCCUCACCCUCCCCAGCCGGCCCGGAGAAUCCGUCCUCGAGACCUGCUUCACCGUCAUCACGGCCCUCUUCCUCCCGAGCACCGGUUCCCUGCGCGCCGCCCGCUGGCUGCUCUCCCACGCCGGGACCGUCAGACGCGAUGAACUCAGCCGGGCCACGCGGGCGGGGGCUCUUUGCAUGGUCGUCGACGAAACAGAACGCUCCAAAGUCUCCUGGAUUGAGCGGUCGUUGAGGAGGAUGAGAUUCAAUAGGGCUUCCCGAAGCUGGUACGAUACCGAUACUUCCGCGCCGCCCUGGUAUCGGUCUCGCUUCCGCGGGGCUGGUCGUUGGGUUCACUCUUCCCGCACCAUCCACGGGACCUGCGUGCUGCCCAAGGGUUUCAUUCUGGUCGAGGUGCCUGUUGGAACGCCGCUGAAGCCGCCGCCGGAUUCGACGGCCAACCACCUCGACCGUUCAAAUAUUCAGCUAGGCAGUACUUACAACAUCCCCAAGGCCCUCUUCGCCCUGGGACAGGCGAUAUGGGGCAUCACCACGGUAUACCGGACUCGCGGUGAUCAGCUGCAGAGGUAUGGCUACGCUGCCUUUGGUGUCACUGUGGCGCCCUACGCCUUCAUGUCUCUGGUCAACCUGACAGCCCUGCUCCUCACCCCCGAGUACAACUGCAUUUACUUGGUACACACGCCGGACCUCGACAGGGCAAGGAGACAGGGCGGCAGGUUCUCUAGCCUUGUAGCCAGCGUCGACCUUGACAGUAUCAAGGAGCCCCUGAGGACAUUUUGGCCGUCCCAAGCAGCCCACGCCUCGUAUUUCGCCGUGACGACAGUUCUGUUACUGGCACCGCUCGUCAUCGUCGCCGCGCUCACCGGCUUCGACCCGGGCCACAGCACGAUAUACCAAAGAGUUUGGGUCCUCUCCUGGCUGGGAUUUGGCAUCGUCAUGGGGCCCCUGAUCAGACUCAGCACGAUAUUCCCAUCCGAGAUACACGGCGUAUACAAGAUUGGCGCCAACGAUGCGAUAGCGUAUGCACUCGAGAACGCGACAUUCAUGGAGCGAGCGAUAGACUGGUUGGUGACCAAGUACUUUUGGGUGGUAGAGACGUCAUUCUAUUUGUACGUGGUCAUUGGCGCCGGCAUUCUCUUCACCCCAGCCAUCGGUGGCAUGGUUGUCGUCGGGCAGAUGCUGGAGGAAUUUGGCUUCUGUAGACGUCUUGAUCGUUGA